UAGUAUCAAUAGGAAAGUCGUAGCAGUAGAAAGGAAACAGUACUUCCGUACUGAUCGUGAUCCCUUCCGAGUUCUGUUUUUCCGGAAGCGAGCGUCGCACAGACUUGUGCACCCGCAAAACAGCAUAGAGCGGGUCUAUGGACUUUUUCUCGUACAGGAGUCUCGAGUCUCGGGUACGACAGCUACUGUGUACAACUGCGUCCGCAUGCGUAAUAAUUGUCUCCUUACUCGACGGGCCGAUCGAAAUAUAUUGUCCGACCAGAGAGCACUCUCGGGGUAUUCCGCGAAGGAAGGGAUGUUGCUGUAAUGGCCGCCGUGUCAUUCAUUUCAAUGAAGGUACCGAGCCAAUUUUGUGGUGCCACAAUGGAGGAUAGCUGCAGCCCCGCGUCUCAGAAUCACAACGGCCAGCUGGCCGGCGGCGCGAACGUUUCUCUCACUAAUAACAAGCAUCAGGGCGGCAGCGACAAUGGCAGCAACGGCGACGCCAAGGACCAGCGGCCGCAGUACUCGAUGCCUGGCAUCCUGCACUUCAUUCAACACGAGUGGGCCCGCUUUGAGCUUGAGAGAUCACAGUGGGAAUUGGACAGGGCGGAAUUUCAGGCUAGGAUAGCUUUUCUUCAGGGUGAAAGAAAAGGACAGGAAAAUUUGAAGAAUGACCUUGUGAGGAGAAUAAAAAUGUUAGAAUAUGCACUUAAACAAGAAAGAGCGAGGUAUCAUAAAUUAAAAUAUGGUACCGACUNAGGAGGAGGAGGAGGAGGAGGAGGGGGAGGGGGAGGAGGAGGAGGAGAUGGAGAAGCUUCAUUUACUUCUGUCAGUAAUGUUAGUUGGAGACAAGGUCGUCAACUUCUAAGGCAGUAUUUGCAAGAGAUUGGAUAUACUGAUACAAUAAUAGAUGUACGAUCAAACAGAGUACGAUCUUUGCUUGGCUUAAACAAUAACACAGACACAGAAGAGAUGAAUACUCCAGCGUUAAAUGGAAAUGAAGGAGUAGCACAGGAUAAGCAAGAAUAUAAUGAAAGUCUUUUACUCCGAGGAAAGCAACAGCGUCCUCCCAACAAAAAGCAACAGCCAUCUUCUAUAGCAGAGGCAAUGAUAUUAGAUACGGAAGCGGCUGUUAUAGCGAAUUUUGAAUUUUUGCGUCACACAGAUAUGGACAUGGAAGAAGAGGAAGGAGACGUAGAAGACGAAAUUUACGAUGCAAAUACAGAUACUAAACCAAAUAAAGCAUCUAUUCCUCUUCUAGCGGAGGAUGUUGAUACAGAUGCAGAAGCAGAAGAAGUGUUAAACGAAUUAAACCUUCUUACAGAAAUUGAAGAAUCACCACCUGGUUCUAUUCAUUUGGAAAUGAAUUCUUCAGAAUGGAAUGCAGCAUUACAUAGAGGAUUGCAACCAGACCCGAGACGCCCAAAUAAAGAAGGUGAUUCUACAUUGGAAUUAGGAGAAUUAGAACAAUUAUGUGUUAACAACGACGCAGAAAUAUCGUAUGAUAUGGUUUCCACCACAAAAGAGACGUUCAGGAAAACAUGGAAUGCGAAAUAUACGUUACGUUCGCACUUUGACGCUGUCAGGGCACUCGUCUUCCAUCCCACAGAUCCAGUCCUCAUCACCGCAAGCGAUGAUCAUACACUGAAGUUGUGGAAUCUUCAUAAGACUGUACCAGCGAAAAAGUCAGCCUCGUUAGAUGUAGAACCACUUUACACAUUUAGAUCACACACUGGUCCUGUAUUGUGUCUGGCCAUGUGCAGUAUGGGCAAUCGAUGUUACAGCGGUGGUUUAGACGGCAAUAUUCAUUGCUGGACGCUUCCAUCAGCUAACAUUGAUCCAUAUGACUCGUAUGAACCAAGUGUCCUUAGUCAUACAUUAACAGGACACACGAAUGCUGUUUGGGGCUUGAGCAUGUAUUUUCGUACCAUGCUAUCAUUUAGUGCAGAUGGAACUGUAAAAUUGUGGGCCCCACAGACUCCACAACCUCUUCUCAAUACAUAUGUUUCAGAACAAGACGGUAUACCGACUUCGGUUGAUUUUAUCAGGGACGACCCGCACAAGCUGGUCGUAGCUUAUGAAGGAGCUUGCGUGGUAUUUGAUACUGAAACCGGCGCGAUCGUGGCGCGACUCGAGGCGAACGAGACGAAAGGCGUGAAUCGCGUAGUAGCACAUCCUACGUUACCGCUCGUUGUAGCCGCACAUGAAGAUCGGCACAUUCGAUUUUACGAUCACCGAUCAGCUACUCUUGCUCACGCAAUGGUAGCGCACUUAGACGCAGUUACUAGUCUCGCUGUAGAUCCUCAUGGUUUAUAUUUACUUUCAGGAAGUCAUGAUUGCAGUAUAAGAUUAUGGAACAUGGAUAACAAGACUUGUGUUCAGGAAAUAACAGCACAUCGGAAGAAAUUUGACGAAAGCAUUCUGGAUGUAGCGUUCCAUCCAUCACGACCGUUUAUAGCGAGCGCCGGCGCCGACGCUCUCGCCAAAGUGUUUGUGUGAAAUGUGUAAAAUCCAAGAUACACUCGUUACAUCAAAAUAAUUUCUACUAUUACAUCAAAUCAAGCAGUUUUUGUACUCGUAUUCAUUUUAGAUAGCCUUAUAUAACUUUAUGUGUCCACACCGUACAUACGAAACACCCCCCCCCCCCCACACACACACACACACACACACACACACACACACACACACGCAGGUACGCACGCAUCCGAUAUAUUUCCGUUGUAAUUCUGAUUGUUCUACCAUUUUCAAGGUAUCGAUUUAUAAAGAAAUCAAAUCGCUCGUGUAGUUAUUCAUAAAGAAAAUGAAAAGAAAUUAUCAAUAACUCUUGUCUGAGACAUAGUUAUGGGGGAAAAAUAAUUUUAAAUGAUAUAAACGCUGCUUGUUGAUGUUCGAUCAUCAUUAAGUAGCUGAUAAUUAUUUGGAAUAGCGGGGAGGGGUAUCAUGUAGAAUAUUAGCUGAUGUAAGUCCUGAUAAUUAGAGGAAUCAGCCCCUUACCCACAGAAUCCAGGAAGUACACUGCCGCGGUAGCGUAAUAUUUAUCCUUACGUUAACUAUUUAUUACCAAUAUCGCCGUUACUGUUGCACAGCUACUGGGGAUUAAUACAAUCGUAAUAAUCAACUAUACAGUUGCCCUAAAUAAAAAAGUAUAUAUAUAUAUAUGCAUAAUUAGUCUCCCAUUACACAUAAUUUUUUCCUGCUGCCUUAUAUAUUCAUCGAGGCUAGCACAUAGUAAUGAUAAUAAUAAUUGUAAGCUAAAUAGACAUAAUAUUAAUAACAAUAAAUUAUAAUUGUGUGUUUCUCUUUCUGUAAUAUAUUGUAUUUAAAAAUAGAUAACUGUAUAACGAAUUAUAAUGAACAUUUUUUUAUUAAAAUCUCAUUCCAUAUUA